UUGACAAGCCAAGCUAGGCCGGCGUACUACAAGCCAGCAGCAGCAACCACACACGUACGUCCGAUCCACAGCCAUCAUCGCCACCCGCGCGCUUAUGGAUGGCGAGUGGUCCAAGGACGGCGGAGGCGGCGAGCCGACCAAGUACCGCGGCGUGCGGCGUCGGCCCUGGGGCAAGUACGCGGCGGAGAUCCGCGACUCGAGCCGGCACGGCGUCCGCAUCUGGCUCGGCACGUUCGACACCGCCGAGGAGGCCGCCAGGGCGUACGACCGCUCCGCCAACUCCAUGCGCGGCGCCAACGCCGUGCUCAACUUCCCGGAGGACGCGCCCGCCUACGCCGCCGCCGCCUCCCGUGGCUCCGCCGGCGGAUCCUCGUCCAGACCGGCGGGCUCCGGCCGGGACGUGAUCGAGUUUGAGUACCUCGACGACGAGGUGCUGCAGGAGAUGCUCAGGAGCCAGGAGCCGUCGGCGGCGGCGGCGCAGAAGAAGAAGUAGCGCGAGCGCCACAGGUGGCGAAUGCAUGCAGUUUGGCAUCAGAAUGCCAUGCAUGUACGCGGCGUGCGUGGGUUACGUAGAGUACGUUGUUUGCAUGCAGCGCAGCGCAGUGACUAGCGGAUCGGACGGCGCCUGGAUAUAUAAUUAAGCGGCCAUAUCGUCUCUAUAUCUAUAUACAUUAUA